GCACACACGACGUACACCGAGUCCAAUGGAUAAACUGCUCACCGAGUACUUGGCCACCGUGAAGCAGCAGCACGUUCUCCACGGUAUCCCUGAGGCCGAGAGUCAAUUUCUCUUGCAACAGGAAGCUGCCUCCAAGCGUCCAUACUGCGACCCUUCGUUUGGCCAAGUCGACGUCCUUGUCAUUGUGUCGGCCUUGGACGAGUGCACGAUCGCGUUGCAAGAGCUGGGCAAAGCCGACUUUGUCCAGCCGUUGGACUGGGACUUUUUGCCGUCGUCGGCCGUUCUCGCAACGGUGCGGUGCGUGCUGCUUCUGUUCAACCUAGAUGCCGGGAAAGCCUCUCCGGCGGUCGUGUGGUCGGGGCUCUGGGCGGCGUGGAUCGUCAAGAACAUAGACACUCACGUCGGCGGGUGGGAGUGGCUCGCCUCGAAUGAACCUGUGGGGCUGUUCACCAAACCAUACGAGCUGUGCACCGUCCAUUUACGAGCUGUCCAGACUAUCCAUCGGCCUGCCAUGUACGCCGUAGCCGACGACGACCCCUCCUGGCAGCGCAUGCCCGCGUACCUGUGUCUGCGCAACUGGGUGGCGGCGGCCGUGGCGUACUUGGACAUGAAGAUCCACUGCAUCCCUCCGUUUCCGUUGCAUGGGUAUGUGACGUCCGUGACGGCGCCACCGAAACGAACCCCCAAGGAAAACGUGUGGUUCACAGCGCUCACCGACGACCACGUGCCACUGUACUUUAACCGCCACCUGAAAACACUCACGUUGGAUAGGCCAGUGUACGGUAUACUGACACCAACACUUGGUGUUUGUAUGCGAUUGUAAUCGAAGGUGGCUUAGUGAGUUUGAUGGGGCCAACGUGGUCGUCCCGCGCACGAUUGAAGCGUGUAUGAUGGAGAUGCUUAUGGGAGACCCCGUCCUCCGCGCAGACGUGGAAGCCCGACGCGCGCAGAUGGACGUCGACCAGGACAAAGACAACGAAUGGGUCGAGUGUGUGGACGCGACGACGGGGACCCGGUUUUACUACAGCUUCCAGCGCGUCAAGCUCGCGUACACCCGCCCUGCGUCCAAGAAUAUCGUCAUCGCGGACAAGAGCGUGGCGUAUCGAUGCGUCCUGCACAUUCAGGCAGCGUACCGCAGGCGUCAAGCGAUGCAGUUCGUGAACCAAAAGCGCCAAAAGACGCGCAAAUUGCCUCGAUUCACAUCGCGGAAUUUCUUCUAACGGAAACAUGUAUAUAAAUGUAUGGAGAUGCCUACUCUGUCUUCUUCGGGUCGUUGAGAAGGGCGGCUUCCUUGGCCAGCCAGUUGCGACGCACGACCAAGCUCCACAGCAAGCACGGAAGGAACGGCGCAAACACAAUGUAGAACCCCUCGACAGAGUCCGUGUAUCGCUGGAUCACGAGCAGCAGCACAAAGAGAACCGUGCACAGACCAUAGACCCCCGCGACAAAGUUGUAGUUGAUGGUAUCCACUGGUGAAAGGAUGUUGCCCAUGGACGGUUGAGAUGGCAGCGGCGGCGUAGCAGCUGGAAG